AUGGAUAUUUUAUAUCCAUGCAGUCUGUGUUCACAGACUUUUACAUUAAGAAAACAUAUUUUAAAACAUAUGAAAACUGAUCAUGAAUCUAAUGUUCCUUCAAUAUGUAAUGAUAAUUCGAAAAGCUUAUUAACCUGUUCACAAUGCCACAAACAGUUUAAAAGUAAAGGUAUGUUGAGUAAACAUAUACAUUUAAAACACAGUAUUUCAAUACCUAAUUUGAGCAAGGACACUUCAAAGCCAUUGGAGAAAAGAGUUUCUCAAAAGCUCAACGCUUAUUUAUCAUUAAAAGAUUGCUUGCCAGUUGAUUAUUCUUAUACAAUAUUGGCAUUCAAAGAUUUAUCUCAUGGACAGUUCAAAGCAAAAUUUCAUAUUAAUAACACCGACAAAGAAUCAAUUUCAGAUUGGUUGAAUAGUUUAUGUCAUAUUACAAAAGUUAAUUAUAUAACUGAAAACGUACCAUCUAUUUCUUUACAAAAUAUCCAUCGAAUCGUAUAUAAAUGCAAAAACAUUGACUAUUGGAAUGUUAAGUCUAAUAGUAUGCGGCGGAACCCAACAAGUUGUAAAGCGAGUCUAACAGUUAUAAUUAAACCUUUAGACAAUGAAUUACCUCAUCAAUCAAAAGCUGUUGUAUUAAUGAACCAUUGUCAUUGUCAUCCCAUGAAUUGUUUCACACCAAUGAAAUUAUUCCAUGAUAUAUAUGAUGUUUAUAAUCAAUUAAUUCUUUUAUUAAAAAAUGGUAAAUCAGCUGCUGGUGCUUUGCAUAAAUAUACAAUUGAAACUAUACAAAAUAAAGGUAAAAAUCAUUAUUUGAAAUUAAUGGAUUCAGGAAUCAAGUCAGAUGUAGAAUUUGUCUAUGAGUUGUACUACAGGCACAUAAGAAAAUCUAAAUUUUCAUCACCGUUUGUUAAACGUGUAGAUUCAUUAAUGCAAUCUAUAAAAUAUUAUAAUGCCAGUAUAGGAACGAAGAGUGCUGUGGUUGAAUUAAUAAAAAGUAAUAUUGUGGUUGCUGUUCGAACCCCACUAAUGGGAGCAAUUAAUACUGAUACAGUAUUUGUGUGCUCAACUAGUUUUGAUAAAUGUAAAACAUGGUUCAUGUUUAGUAAAAAUGAUAAAAAUUUAAUGAUUCCUGUAGGUGUAAUUAUUUCCACUGACGAUAAAGAUUGCUUGUUAAAAGUGGGCUUAUGUUUGUGGGAAAAAUUAGGGGGCACUAUCAAAACUGUUGUAGUAGAUUUAGUGUAUGUACAUACAUUCCAAACAGUUUUUCCUAAAGCCACUGUAUGUGUUUCUAAAUUUCAUUUUUUGCUGAGUGCAUGGAAAUGGCUUAUUAGUGAUACAAAAAAUAAUAAUAUGAUUGAAGAGUUAAAUUGCUUUGUUGAAUUAAAAAAAAUAGUAUGUUCUGAAAGUUUUAUUCCUGACCAUUUUUCAGAUACAAACUUUGCUAUUUUUAUUGAAAAAUAUCCAAAUUUCAAACAAUUUAUGCAAGAUAUUGAUAAAAACAUUUUUUUAUUUUGUUCACCCAUGUCCUCUCAUCCAUGCUCUACAAUUUCAGAACGGAAACUUAUUUACUAUCAUACUAAAUCACUUUCAAUCUUACAAACAUUUCAUUUUGUUAUUGCUGAAAUUGACUUAUUCUACAACAAUUUUUCUACAGAUAGUCCAAAUAAUAAUCAACAAAUAAUUUUAAAUAACUUCAAAGAAAUGUACAGAGAUAAAAACGGUUUUACUUACUGUAGUAUAAAUGAAAAUCAUUCUUUGUACUUAGUAGAAAGUGAUAAUUUUGGUAAAUUUUUUGUUGAUAUGUAUAUUGGACUAUGUUCUUGCACUAUAAAUAAUGUAUGUUCUCCGUGUAUUCAUCAAGUGUUUUUAAGUGGAUGUUUGAAUGAAAAAAGCAUUAACGGUUCGGCUCAUAGUGAUGUUUGUAUAUUAAAUACAUUAAAUUAUGAUAUAGAAGAACUAAAUACUGAAAAAAAAGAAUUUGAAAACAUUUUAUCUGAAUUUCAAUCUAUUCAUAAUAAGAUAAAAGAACAAUUUGUGAUUGAUCCAGAGUAUUUUAAAGUUGGCAUUCAGAAGUUUGUUUCAACUUGGAACACCAGUCUAAUAUCAAAUAAAUCUUUAUUUUUUAGCCUGUCGUUCUUUAACAAUGUUCACCAAAUCAAACUAAACAAAGAUGAUUUAUACAAGAUUGAUUCGUAA